AUGUCAUUGAGUGCUAAAUCGAACAAGUUCUAAAUUAAAAAAUCGCUUUAAAAUCAUUAGCAAAUGCCUAAUAAAAAUGAUAGACUCAGUUAUCUUAAUGGUUCAAUUAUUCAUGAAAUGAAUAGUAUAACUACAAAAGAUAACUCAAUUUAUAGCAGACUGUACGAUAGUGUAAAGAAAAGUAAAAACUAAGAUCUAGAAGCCAAAUUCUUGACUAAAAUUUUGCAUUCAGAUAAUAAGCAUAGUGCCCUAAAUUAUGGAAGUUUUUACUCAUCCAUGGACAAUACUAUGACUGUUUAAAGUCAGAGAAAAUCCAAAAAAAGCAGGAACUCAUUUCUGGAUAAGAGUGAGACAGUAUCAACAACAUCAAUGACAAAUAAAAAGAUAGAGUCUGUUACCAGCAAUAAUACUGAACUAAAAUCGUCUAUUCUCAUUAGAAAAAGAUAUUCUUUGCAAGACACCAUCAAAUUUUCUAAGAUUGCAAAGAUUAAAGAAGAAAAAGAAAAGCAAAAUAUGACAACAUAAGAUGAUCUGAUCAGCUCAAAUGCAAUAAAAAACUAACCAAUAGUAAAUUUCAAUGAAUAUCAAAUGAAUAGCAGUUCUAAUAAGAUUAAUAAUAAAAAAUAAACUAAUCCUAGUAAAAAUAAAAACUUUAACAACAUUCCAAAAAAUAGCAAUCAAAUGCAUAAAAAACUUGUAGAUAAGAAAGGGCAGUUGAAGAUUAACAAAUUAAACAAUAGUUCUAAUUAGUAACUCAUGAAUGAAUCAGCUACUACUAAUCAAACUCCAGGUAUUAAAACACCUAAUUUCAUAUUUUCAAUGAUGGAAUCUAGAAGAAGUUCUGGGACUACCACAUAGUCUAACAUUAUUGAUAUUUCUUUCAAUCCAAGUCCCAAUGAAUGCCAAAGCCACGUGGAUAGCUAAAAGACCCUCCAAGAGCUUUAAAAGAAGGCAUAGAUUGAAAAACCUUCUUCAUAGGUUUCCUAAAAAAUGAUGAAAAAGCUUUUAUCAGAUUAAGAGUAUGACAAACAAUUAGAAACUUCCAAUAUUGAUUAAUUUGAUGAUCAGGAUGCUCUCAAUAUAUUUGAUCCUUUAUUUGGAAUGAGAAGUGUAAUGAACAAGAAAUCUUUGAUUCCUGAUUAUGGAGAUGACUCGAGAUAAAUAUGCAUGGAGAGGGAUGAAUCUGAAAAAGAGGGUUCCUUUGUAGUACCUCACAUCCAAAAUAUUUUAUUCUUUGACCAUUAAUAAUUGCCAUCAAUGCAAAAUUCACAUAGAUAUCUCACAGAGAUACAUAAUAACAUUACAGAAAACGAUCUCAAAUUAUCUAUUGAGGACAAAUCUAGUAUUUAUAAGAAUGAAAGAUAUGAAGACUCUAUAAUCACAUUCUAAAAGUUAUUAAAAAGCUAAAGGUCAGAGGAGGGAGAAGAUAAUUAGAGUCAUAGAUAUUCUCUCCCCAAUAAUUCUGAUAGAUAAUCGAUGUAAAUUGGCGGAAUUAAUGCUAACGAAAUUCCAUUAUACAUAUAGCUCCCACAUAAUCUUGAUUUAGUAGACGCUAUAAAUUAAUUUUAGAAGUAUUCCAAUUAAUCGAUUAAGAGUAGCAUCAAGAAUACUAUGAUAAGCAAGAAAACUCAAAGAUACUCUGACAGAUUUACUCCAUCAAAACCCCCAAUUUAUUGUGUUGAUUCUAGUCUUGAGUUUUCCAAGGAUAACCCUGAGACUUAAGAUUAAUAUGACACUAAAGGAAUCAGCAGUGAAAGAUACACCCUAAAUAAUGUGAACUAUGAAACUACAAAGAUGAAUUUUAGUUUCUAGAAAAAAGCUAGAUUAACAUUAGACAUGGAUAAUUAAAAUGAGACUUUGACCAUUGGAGAAGAAAAUAUUGACUAGUACUCAUUUAAGGAAUCAAUAAUUAUUACAACUUAAGAAAAUAGCAAUUAAGCAAAGAAGAUAUAUGAUACUGGCAGAACGAAUAAGAUAUUUGAACUUUAAGAAAGAUAUCCUUAGGAAUUAAGUAAAAAUUGCGUUUCAGAACUAGAAAAGUAUAUUUAAAUGUAGGAGGAAAAAUUUGGUAAAUUUUACUAGGCAAGUAGAUUGCAUACAAUAUCUCAGGAAAGCAAUCCUAUUAAUGAUGAAAUCCAUUAAGAAAAUUCUGAAAAUACUUACUAAAUAGAUCUUGAUGAGGAGGAACAAGGAGGCUAAGUAAUUACAUUGGAAAAACUUAAUAAUAUGCUUAGCAAGACAUAAAAAGAAAAUCAAGAAUCACAAAUGAGUCUUAACAGUAACAAAAAUGGCUAGAUUCAUACAGGAAGAUGUAGUAUGCUGAAUAAUUGCCUCUUUUUCCCAAAUAAUUUCUCCUCUUGA